CAAAAGUGUCAUUGUCAGUGUGUGUGUGUGUACAUGACAGGAGCUGAAGGUCUGGAUGAGGGACAGAGAUUGCACACUUAAACAAAGACAACAGAGCAUCUGAUCAAGACAGAGACGAGAGACGGUGACAGAAAGACAAUGUAAAAGUGUCAGUUUUAUCUUUUUCUUUUUUUAAAAGUGGAAGUAUUUGGUGAUACAUUGAACUCAAAGGACUUUUUCUUCUCAAACAGUAACAGAUGUACUUGUUCCUAAAAGUUUUUUUUGGCUGCUUUGGUCCAAUGCAGCCAGCAGAGUAAGUGCCAUUAGAGAACAGCAGCUGCAUGACAACUGCGACUAUGUCAAGGUCUGAGGAAGCAGUCAGAGUCUAAUACAGCAAGCAAAAAGAAAAAUAGAAAAAACUAAUCUUUUGGAGAAGCAGGAGCACGUUCAAAAGAAAUAUCAGUGGUGAAUACAAACUAUACAGGCUGCAAGCUCUGCUGUUUCUUCAUCGUCUACCUCCUCAUCCUCAUGCUUCAAACUGCAACUUCAUCUCCUGCAGCAAACGACCAAAAUCAAAUCCACGAUCAGUCCAGCAUCUUAAUCCUCCAAAACCUGCUGCAGUCUCAGGAGCUGGUCUUGUUGGGUCAGUUUGACAGUUCAUAACAGCUGACGCCAUGGCAUCAGCAGCUCUGGAGCUGAUGGGCUUCUUCCUGGGCCUGCUGGGGAUGCUGGGUACCCUGGUUGCCACAGUGCUACCAUACUGGCAGAUUUCUGCCCACAUCGGCUCCAACAUCGUUACUGCCGUGGCCAACAUGAGGGGCCUGUGGAUGGAGUGUGUAUAUCAGAGCACGGGGGCCUUCCAGUGUGAGACCUACAACUCUAUGCUGGCGCUGCCCUCUGACCUGCAGGCGUCUCGUGCGCUCAUGGUCAUCUCCUUGGUGCUGUCCAUCCUCGCCAUCGCCAUUUCGACCUUGGGGAUGCAGUGCACUAUCUGCCUGGACGGCUCAGGUGCAGUAAAAGGUCGUGUGGCAGGUGCAGGUGGGGGUCUGUUUUUCAGUGCAGGCUUCCUGGCACUCAUACCUGUGGCGUGGACCACACAUGAGGUAGUCCAAACCUUCUACCGACCCAACAUACCUGCCAGCAUGAAGUUUGAGCUGGGGGAGUGCCUGUAUGUUGGCCUGGCUUCUGCGCUCAUCUCCAUGCUGGGAGGGGGGAUGCUAUGUGUGUCAUGCUGUGAGGAGCAGGAUGGGGGCCGUGGGAGACGACACGGUGGAGGGUAUCCAUACCCAGUAGGUAGUGGUACGCUGGGCACAAGAGUACGGACCACCUCACAGACCUACCGCAACCCCACCCUGCAGGUGGGAGGCACCAACACAGCCAGCAGGGGGCAGACGCUGGUUCGCAAUACCAGUGGCAGCUCGCAGACAAGUAUGCAUGGAGUCCAGGGAGCCAAGAAGCCCACUGCGGCAGGAUAUGACAUCACAGGAUACGUCUGAGGUUACUGACUCCAUAUUCACUUCAUAUACUGUAUGGCUCCUUCACAACUUAAGUUGAGUUACAUGUAUUUAUAUGCUGUUUUUUUCCCCAAUGUGCUUGACAAUAUGUGACACACGUAAUUUGUGUUAAAAAGUUCCUUAAAUAAGAUCUUAAUUCCCAUUUUAAUGCAAAUUUUCUAAAGUUUAACUGCAGGACACUGCAUAUCUCCUACUUCACUGUAAAGUCUAUUUACACAUCAGCGUAUGUGCACCGGAAGCUGCAAGUUUCCAUAUCACAGUCUCAUCGGGAUUGGUUUGUGAACUAGUUGUGAUGUCACAAAAUCACUCUUGUCUUACUGAGGCCUUAAAUUCAGACUUAAAGUGAACACAGAGAAAAAUUCAUGAAUAUGACAAUAGACUUCUAGUGUCAAACCUUGCAGUGGAGCUUAAACACGUUUUUGAGUGGAGGAGUGGACUUUAAUGUACAUACAAACAAGAGUCGAGUCAAAAGGUGAAGGCUCACAUGGACUGUCUGAAAUUACUCGUGUUUGAACUUUUUUCAAAAGUUCGUGAAGUAAAGUGGAACUGGGGCAUUUCACUGGAGGACAAUCCCCCUAACAACACCAAACUGUGUCACUGUACAUUUAUCUCUUUGUACCUUCAUGAGUGUUGGAUGUCACACAUUUGUAUUACUUUGAUGGCAACUUAUCCUUGUAGAAAAGUGGCAUAAAUGUGCACACACGCAGAUGAGACCCUUUGACUGUGCUGACUAUAAUUUUGUGGCUUUAAGCAUGGCUGAUUCUGUCUGUGAUAACCAGAAGAUGUUUAUGUACAGAGGUGAGAAUGUAAAAUGUAUGUGAGCAACGUUAGUGAAAAAUGUAAUACAUCUGAAGAAGUUAACUGCCUCACUGGCACACCAGUUAUCAUAUUUUAAAAUUCUGCUUUUGAUUUUAUUUCUAUGAAAAAUAUAAACCAAGCAGACAUUGAUAAAAUAAUUGAAUAUAGUGAAUUUGAAAGCUUAAGAGCUCAUGGACAGGUUGUUAAUAACAUUGUAGGACUGUCUAUAUGCAUUUAAUAUACUGGAGAAAAGUUUUGUCAAUGAGUAGAUUUUGGGUAGCUCUUCAUUAUCUGAACUCACCAAUGCUGAUACUGAUCAACUGUCACAUGAAAUAAAAUAGACACGUCAUUUUUAACAUGAAAUCUAAAGCUAACACUCACAUUUCUUAUCAGAAUCCUAGAGAUGAUUUCUAACAAUGAAACUGACGUCUUAUUGACACAUUACAGUUGAUCUAUUGAUGGUUAGUUGAUUCACCACUGCACUGCCAACAUGAAGUAUAACCAAAUCAAAAUGUUAAUUGUCUUCAAAGUAUAUUCUAACGCUGGCUCUGCAUUAAUAAUUAGUGCUCCUUAUUAUCAUAGUGUGAAAAUAUUAUGUUUAUUUGGUUUGAAGUACAGUUAAGUGUUUGCCAGCUGGUGGUUAAAUGUUUGCUGGGGGUCCUUGGUCUCAAUAUUUACAGUAUACUGGAUGUAUUGUUGGAGGUUUAAAGACCAGCUUUACUUUUCUACCAGUCUGUUGAUCUGCACCUGCAAAAACUGUUCAAUAAGGAGACUUGGUAGAAAAUGUGCUUCAUAGUAUUGGAUACAUUGCUUGUAAAAGAAAGAAAAAUCCUCCUUGCAAUGCGACAUUAACAGCUCUCACUUGAUUUAGAAGGAUCACUUCUUUAUCAUACAAGGUGACACAAGGUCUGGUCUUUUUGUUUCAUUCCCCCUCAUUUGAUUGUUCAUGACUGCUGAUGUUUUUCACCGUACCUCUGUUGAUUAUCAGGGAUGUUUUUCCAGUAGAUAAAACAACCUUUUGUGUGUCAGAAUUGUCUUUAGUUAAUGUUUUUUAAAUUUGGAAAUAAAUGCUAACUUUUCUUACAA